CUCUCCCUCCAGGCAUGGCGCUGUCCUGGGCCCUUGCUGUCCUGAGCCUCCUUCCUCUGCUGGAAGCCCAGAGCCCGGAGUGUGCCAACCUCACAGCGGCACCUAUCACCAACGCCACCCUGGACCAGCUCUCCGGCAAGUGGUUUUACAUCGCCUCGGCCUUCCGCUACCCGGAGUUCAACGAGUCGUCUAGAACGAUCCAAGCGGCCUUCUUUUACUUUGACAUCAACUACACAGAGGACAAAAUACUGCUCAGAGAGUACCUAACCAUAGGGAACCAGUGCGUCUAUAACUCCAGCUAUCUGAAUGUCCAGCGGGAGAAUGGGAGUCUGUCUAAACACGAGUUCGGCAAAGAACAAGUUGGCUACCUCCUGCUCACCAAAGAUCCCACGACCUUCAUGCUUGCCUUCUCCCCGAAAGACGAGCAGAACAUGGGGCUGUCCUUCUACGCUGACAAGCCGCAAGCGACCCAGGAGCAAAUGAGAGAGUUCCACGAAGCCAUCGUGUGCAUGGGCAUGCAGAAGUCAGAAAUCGUGUACUCCGAUGAGAAACAGGAUGUGUGUGGGCCAUUGGAGAAAGAGCACCAGGAAGAAAAGCAGAAGGAAAACAAGGGGUCCUAGGAGGACACAGCUGGGGUUAGGAGCUUGGGGACCCUGGGACCCAUCCUCAGCCCUACGCCCACCCUUUG